UCCUCCCUCGUCUCCUCCUCCUGCCUCGACGGCAGCCUCGCUUCCCCGCCGCCACUGCUGCUGCAGCCGCCGCGGCGGAUCAUGUGCAGCCCGGUGGAGCGGCGCCUGGCUGGGCUGCGGGAGGUGCUAGCGGGGCAGCCGGGCGAGGGCAGCGCGGGCGAUCCGGGGCUGGAGGCGCUGCUCGACCUGCUGCUCUGCGUCCACCAGGAAUGCAGCGGCGCCCCCCUGCGGCGGGAGAGGAACGUGCAGCAGUUCCUGGCCUGGGCCUCCUCUUUAGUCACCAAGACAAAACACCUGAAUCUGCGACGAGAUGACUUUGAGAUCUUGAAAGUGAUUGGACGAGGGGCAUUUGGAGAGGUGGCAGUAGUGCGAAUGAAGGAGUCAGAGAAGGUUUUUGCCAUGAAGAUUCUGCACAAGUGGGAAAUGCUGAAGAGGGCUGAGACUGCUUGCUUCCAGGAAGAACGUGAUGUGCUGGUGCAUGGGGACAAGCAGUGGAUCACCACCCUGCAUUAUGCCUUCCAGGAUGAUCACUACUUGUACCUUGUGAUGGAUUACUAUGCAGGAGGAGACCUGCUAACCCUCCUAAGCAAGUUUGAGGACCGCUUGCCUGAGGACAUGGCCUGCUUCUACCUGGCCGAGAUGGUCUUGGCCAUCCACUCGAUUCACCAGCUUGGAUAUGUCCACAGAGAUAUCAAGCCAGACAACGUCCUCAUCGACACGAGUGGGCACAUCCGCCUGGCUGACUUUGGCUCCUGCCUGAGGCUGCGUCCAGAUGGCACGGUGGUGUCUCCAGUGGCAGUAGGAACUCCCGAUUACAUCUCCCCUGAGAUCCUGCAGGCCAUGGAGGACAGAAAAGGGAAAUAUGGCCCAGAAUGCGACUGGUGGUCCCUGGGGGUCUGCAUGUACGAGCUGCUUUUUGGAGAGACCCCCUUCUAUGCAGAGUCCCUAGUGGAGACUUAUGGCAAGAUCAUGAACCAUGAGGAUCACCUGCAGUUCCCAACUGACAUCACAGAUGUCUCCGAGAGUGCAAAGGACCUCAUCCGGGGGCUACUGUGCCGGCAAGAGUUGCGGCUUGGCCAGAAUGGCAUCGAGGACUUCAAGAGGCAUCCUUUUUUUGAAGGCAUAGACUGGGACAACCUCCGCAAAAGCACGCCGCCCUAUGUCCCUGAGGUGGCCAGCCCUGCUGACACUUCCAAUUUUGAUGUGGAUGACGACACGCUCAAGGAGUCAGAGACGUUGCCACCGGUAUCUCAUGCUGCAUUCUCUGGCCACCACCUUCCGUUUGUUGGAUUUACUUUCACUUCUGGGGGCCCCCUCUCUGUGAGACACCCGGCCUCACCUUCUAGCAGCUCCAGCUCAAUGCGGCUAGAGAAAAGGAUCCGUACCUUGGAACGUGAAAAGUUGGACCUGGCUCGUAAGCUGCAAGAUUCCCUGGCAAAAUCGCCUUCCAAGGCACCAGCUAAAGACUCUGAGAUCAGGAGUCUCCGGAAUGAGGUGGAGAGUUUGCGGAAACAGUUGGCAGAGAAUCGGUUGGAGACUGCAGAGGUCCAGAGGCAGCACCUGGACAGAGUGGCAUCCGGGCAGGUGAAAACUUUGGAGGAGAGGCUGAAGUUACUGGAACAGGAAAAGAACGAUGCCCUUCAGGAUCUGGCUGUGACCCAAGAGCAGAUGCAAACUCAAGCUUGGGAGUUGCGGGACGAGCAAUGCCGGCAGAAGGAGACGGCCCAGGAGUUACACCGAGCCGAGGCCAAGUGUGGGGAACUGCGGGCUCAGCUGCUACGGCAUUCCAGGCAGUUGCGGGAGCGCCAGGAGGAGACAGAAGCCGCAGCACGGCGGGUGGAGGGGCUGCGCAAAGAACUGGCCCGCACUGAGAGUGGCCGCAAGGAGCUGGAGGCCCGGAUUGAGGGUCUAGUGAAUGAAGUAUCCAAGCAGCGGAGAGGGAAGGAGAGAGCAGAGCAACAACUGAGGAAACUGAAACAAGACCUGGAGGAGCUGAAGGUGAAACAAGGCACAGCCCCUUUGCAUGCCUCUGGCUCCAGGCGAGCUGCAGAUGUUUUGUGCAUCCCCAAAGAGGAGCUGCGCUCCUUGAGGGAGGCACUAAAGGGGAAAGAAGAGCAGCAGGAGGUGCUCCAGAGCGAGAUGGCUCAGCUCCGGGGACAGCUGGAGAAAGCCAGGAUGGAGCGGUGGAAAAACCUGGACCAAAAAGACCAGAACACAGAGGUGGACUCUCCCAGUGCUGCUGACCACAACCUGGAUCAGGACCCAUGUGCACUAGACUCUCGCAAGGAGGCCUUUGCCAACUGGGAGAUGCAAAUUGCCGACAUCUUGCGGUGGGUAAGUGAUGAAAAAGAGUCAAGGGGCUACCUGCAGGCUAUGGCCACACGCAUGAUGGAAGAAGUGGAGACCAUGAAGCAGGCUGGCGCACAGAGCCCUGGGCCAAAAACACCAGACAGCCUUUGGAAAGCUCGGCGCCUGCAGAAAGUGGAGGCCUCGGCCAAGCUGGAGCUGCAGUCAGCGCUGGAGGCCGAAAUCCGGGCCAAGCAAGGUGUCCAAGAGGAGCUCGACAAGUUGAAGGUGGCCCAUGUGGCAGCUGAACGCCAGCUGCAAGAAGCCGAGAAGCAGAACCGAGUGCUGCGUCUGGAGUUGGAGAAGGUGAAGGGGGAGCUGAAAGCCCGCUCGCUGGAAGGUAUCAAGCACCAAGGCCCACUGAUCCCCUUCCUCUCCUUCCGAAGUUCCAAUAAGGACUCCAUUGCUUUUGGGGGCUCCCCUGACCCUCAGGAGCCUCAAAAGCCCCCAGAAGAGGAACAGCUUCACCUUGAAGGAAGGAGGAGCCUACGAUCCAGUGCGCCUCCAGCCCAGAAGGUGGUGGCCAUCACAGACAUCAGCAACUCCCUGAAGCUUCUCACCCUUCUUUCCCAGCCUAAAUCGCACAGCUUCAAAACGCACAGCUUCACCACACCUACCAAGUGUAUGCGCUGCACAUCACUGCUGGUUGGGCUGGUCCGGCAAGGCUUGGCUUGUGAGGCCUGCAACUUCGUCUGUCAUGUUUCCUGUGCCGGAAGUGCCUCCAUCUGUCCCGUGCCCCCUGAACAGCUCCAGAAAACCAUGGGGGUCAACCCGACAACUGGGACAGGGACAGCCUUCGAGGGGUUCCUGUCGGUGCCAAAGCCUGCUGGGGUGAAGAAGGGUUGGCAGAGAGCUUUUGCUGUCAUCAGCGAUUUCAAGAUCUUCCUGUUUGACGUGCCAGAGGGAAAGACUUCGCAGUGCGAUGUGGGCGUCAUGCACGUCACAGACAUGAGGGACGAGAAUUUCUCGGUGGCUCCAGUGCUGGCCUCUGACGUCAUCCACGCCAACAGCAGAGACGUGCCCUGCAUAUUUCGGGUGAUGGCAUCCCAGUUGAGCUUUCCCACCACCAGCAGCUCUGUCCUGUUCCUGGCCGACAGUGAAGCUGAGAUGAGGAAGUGGGUGCAGGUGCUGACGGAACUGCACCACAUCCUGAAAGAGAACCGGCACCACGACCGAACCGUCUACGUCCUGAAGGAGGCCUAUGAUAAUGGUCUGCCCUUCAUCCCCCAUGCACUCUCGGCAGCCAUCAUAGACCGGGAUCGAAUUGCCCUGGGUACAGAGGACGGUCUGUUUUUGAUUCAUCUUCGAACAAAUGAUGUGCUGCAAAUCGGCGACUGCCGGCGCGUACAACUACUUCUGGUCUCGCCACAGGCCCAGCUGCUGUCUGUGCUCUGUGGCAGGAAUCAUAGUGUCCGCAUGUUCUCUUGGGCUGAACUGGAGACCCCAGAGGCUCCAGGGACCAAAGUCGUGGAGGCCAAGAGCUGCCAAGCAGUGGUCACGGGGCUCAUCUGCCGCAACACGACACCUGUGCUCUGUGUGGCGUGUAAGCGCCAAGUCCUGUGUUUCCAGCUGACGGCCACUCGUCCUCCACAUCGGCGCAUCAAGGAGAUUCAGGCUCAGGGCUAUGUGCAGUGCCUGGACGUUCUGGGGGACCGCCUUUGUGUGGGUUACCCUUCUGGCUUCUCCCUUUAUCCUCUGCUCAAUGAGGGUCCACCUGUGAACCUUCCCCAUGCUGAGGACCCCCGGGCAUCAGCCGUGGCCCAGAUGGAAGCUCUCAAAGCAGUGGAAGUCAGCCUGAGCGAGUUGAUCCUUUGCUUCAGUGGUUUCGGCCUCUACGUGGACGGACAGGGACGCAGGAGCCGUCCCCAAGAGCUGAUGUGGCCUGCGCCCCCCCUCAGCUGCUGUUACAAUGCCCCUUAUUUGUCAGUGUUUAGUGAGAAUGCUGUGGAUGUGUUUGAUGUCCGGAAAGCAGAGUGGAUUCAGACAGUGCCACUGAAAAAAGUACGUGCCCUGAACCCUGAGGGAUCCCUGUGCACUUUUGGUGCCGAGAAAGUCCGCCUGACCUACCUCAGGAACAAGGCAGCAGACCAAGAUGAGUUUGAAAUCCCCGAGAUGACAGACAACAGCCGUCGGCACCUGGUGAGAACUCGGCACAAACGCCGCUUCUCCUUCCGCAUCUCCGAGGAGGAGCGGCAGCACCAGAGGAGGGAGAUGAUGCGGGACCCUACCCUCCGCUCCAAGCUCAUAUCCAGCCCCAGCAACUUCAACCACCUUGUCCAUGUGGGUCCCAGUGAGAAAAACCACCAGUUGCAGGACUUGCAUGUGGCCCAGGAAGAGAAGCAGCGAGAGGCCCAAGCCCGUUUGCGCUGCAGCAGCCUCUCCGAGACUCGGCGGCCCUCUUCUUCAGGCAGUGAUAGCACUGGGACAGGAGACUCUUCAUCAAGAAAGUACAAGUUGGGCAGCUCCUUGUCGGAAGACUCCUUCACAUCUCCGCUAAGCUUUUCUUCUGGCAUGGACAUGUUGGUGAAGAUCUCGGAACGGACACGGAGCCUCCCUCCCCGCUCCAGCCAAGAAAGCACCAACUCAUGACGGGAGGGGACUGAAACCGCUGCUGCAUGUCUUUGGCCCCACUGCUUUUUACAACGAAAACGUGUGCCUUUUCAGGGAUUCUUCUGAGGCAACAGAGACAGUGGCUGACAGCUGUAUUUCCCCUGCACACCUGGAGGAAUAACUGUCCCCCUCUGCCAGAGAGCGUGGGAGGAAGAUAAAAGCAGCACAGCAAGCUUCAAAGAUGGCCCGGGAGUGACAGCAAAAUGUGUGCGGUAGCCUAAGCCAGCUGGGCCCCACCUCAACCUACACACCACUCGUAUCUCAGGGAAGGUUGCUGCCUACUCUUUUGUUUGUGACAGCCGUGCGCCAGAUCUCAUCUUCCCCUUGUUUGCUGCAACGGCAGGGGCAGGAAAGCCCUGCUUUGGGAAAAAACAUUUUCAAGAACAUUGUUUUUUUUUAAAGCUAACCUAGUUUCUGCAGUAUUCUACAACAGAGGAAGGGAGAACCCCUCCAUUGCGAGUUGGGAUAAGCUGCAUCAAGGACGAGGCUCAGGAGAAGAAGAAAAAAAAAGAGACGUAGGCUUGCCAAGGCAAGGCAGAUGGGCCCCGCCCUGGCAACCGCCUGCACUGCUGUCCAUCUGCUCGCCUGGCCACACACCCAACAGAACUCAUACACGUCUUGCAGGUGGCCCUUUUUCCUCUGGGAAGGAAGCAAAUUAAACACAAAAGGGUCAAAGCCAACUUACUUUAUGGUGGUGGUGGUGGUGGUGGCGGGGAGAGGUUCUUCCUAGAUGCACUUCUGUAUUAUAGGAAAAGGGGAAGGGAGGGAAAGGUGGGAUACUCACCUGCAGCUGUUGAAUGGCCACACACCCACCUAUUGCCUCAAGACAGUGCGGAAGUGGGACUGCAAGAGACAGUGCAGAAGGAAGGGUCUUUUUUAAACACGCAAGGGCAUGCUCUGCUGGCUCCAAGCCCUUUGGACUCCCAACAGCUUUUGGCAAUCCCAGAAGAGCCCAUCCAUCAGUUCCACUUUCUGCCCUCGGCCGGUAAGCACAGGGUGA